CCGCUACCACAUCCCCAUCACAAUUGCACAGUGUGCUUCUGUUAUUGAGCAAAUCUCUCCAGCCCUAUCCCACCCAUAGCCAAAUUAAGUGACACUCUCCCCUACAAACUUUCCACAAAAAGCAGAAAAGAAAGAAAGAGAAAGCUAAUUAAGGCAAAAAUCUCUUCCGGCCUGCGGACCUGCAUCUUCCCCAUUCCAAACAACACAAAACAAAACUAAAGAUGAGAUCAGAUCAGAUAAAGACCGACCAUAUAUACAUGUUUCCCACCACCAAAAACCCUUUGCCUUUCUCUACAGAAACAACAACACUGCUCAAAAGGCCAUUUCCAUUUCCAUGGGAUCAUCAAAACCCUAGCUUUGCCCAAGAAGAGCCUCCCUUCUUCCUCCAGUUCCCUUCUCCUUUCCUGGACGAUCAAGUCAUGCCCUUGAACCAAAUAUUCUCUCCGGCCACCCACGCUGCCGGAGAAACUACUGCAGCACCAGUAAGUUCAGUAAACAACACUUCCCCCACCACUAAAACCAAGAAGAAAACCCUGCAGGGUUCAACUCCGAGGAGGAGGACGGGGAAGAAAGACCGGCACAGCAAGAUUUGCACGGCGCAGGGGGUUCGGGACCGCCGGAUGCGACUAUCCCUUCAAAUUGCCAGAAAGUUCUUCGAUCUCCAAGACAUGUUAGGCUUCGACAAGGCAAGCAGCACCAUAGAAUGGCUACUCUCGCAAUCCAAAACCGCAAUCAAAGAGCUCACCGCCGCCGCUUCAAAGAACAAUGGCUCAAGCAGCGAGUCUGAUGAAUUUGAAGCUAUGUCAACCAUGGAUGAAGAUGAAGAGAACUCAAACACUGCUGAAGCGGCGGAGGACAAGAAAGUGUGUAAGAAGAAAAAGGAGUCAAGGGAGAAAGCAAGGGCCAGAGCCAGGGAAAGAACAAAGGAGAAAAUGAUGACAAAAACCCAAAAACUCAUCAACCCUUUUCUUGAUCAAGAAUCAAUUGCCAAUAAUUCCUCCUACACUCAAGAACACACUUCUUCCCAUGAAGGGAUUGAAACCCAUUUUGCCAGCAGCGUUGGAAUAACAGAGAAAUACAUGUUUCAUCAGUACCAUGAUGAUGAUAAUCAGAACAUCAUCAGCAAUGCUGCUUCAAUCUCAGAAGGGACCAUAGAUCCAAUAACCAGCAACACCUUUAUGGGGUUUCUUGGGAAUUGGGAGUUGGCUCCAUUUUCAGGUAACCCUAGCUCAUCAGCUUAUUUGGGUGCAACAAAUCUUGAUUUCCAGCCUGUGGUCCAACAAAAUAAUUUCUCCUGCAACCAAUACUAGGUUAAAUUGAUGAAUCUUGAAUUGAUUAUAUUAUUAAUCUCAUUGCCAAUAUUUAAUUAAUUACUAUUGGCCUAUGUUUUGUUCCAAUCAUCCUGUA